UCUCUUUCUUUUUUCUCCGUUGAUUGUCUGAAGGAAUUUUGACAUUCCAGAGCGCGGCACAGACACAUAAGGAAGAGAUUUUUUUUUUAAGAAGAGGAAAACAUUUCAAGCUUCUGAGAGGCACAGUCAGAGUCUGUGACACACUUAGCGCGAUUUACCCCUUCGCACUUAUGACGUUACCUCCUUCCUCAGUUUAAGGACUAUAAAGAUUUUGCUGCUAGUGACGAGCAGUUCAGAGCUCACUCCAAGUAAACACUUGCUAAAGAAGAUGCGCAGCCUUAUCUUUUCUCACGUUUUUUUGACUCUUUUACUUCAUUGAUUUUACGCAAUUUAAAGGAGGAUUUUUCUCUUGUUUAGUCCAAUGGUUUAUUAGCUGUCGCCAAAAAAGGAAUCACAACGUUUUCACAUCCUAUCAUAAGAAGAUUUUUCUACCCACCUGUUCAUCUGGAGGCUCCAAUAUUGUACUUUUCAUUUAUCAGAUGGCACUACAAUGUCUUAAACAGGACUGAUAUUGGGACAUAGUUGAUUUUUCAAGCUAUAUCAUAAGGUAUACUUAACCUUUUAAAACCUCCCUUUGAAAAAUGGAAAACCGGAUUAUAUAAUUUCCCUGGAUAUGUUUAUUGUUCAUUCAAUAGAAGAAUUAUUGUCAUUUAACAACGAACAGCUCUUUUGGAACGUCUUCGCGUCUGCAGAUUGAAGCUUUAUUAUUAACGGGAAAAUUUAUAUAAAUAAAGCCUUGGAAGACUGGCAAUUUGAAUUUGGACUAAAGUUCCAAUCAUGCAAAGAUUGUUCAGCAUCAUGCGCUUUAUGGCAGUGAUGUUAACUAUUACCUGUAUAAUUGGAUUGGUUAAUUGUGGGCAUCCAAUUCUAAAUCUGAGCCCUGAAAAAGAAGAGCUUGUUGUUGAGAAAGGGGAGAAUGUAACCCUGAUCUGCAGUGGUUCUUCUGAAGUAAAGUUUUCAUGGCCCUUGAUUCAAGAUGAUCAGGAGAAAAGAAAACCAAGAAUCAGCAAAUGUGAUAAAGUGGAGCACUGCAUCAAGCUGGUGAUUAGGAAAGCUCAUUACAGAGACACAGGAUAUUAUUCAUGUGGUUUUAAAGGUGACAUAAACCAUCCAGUCAAAAAACUGUAUCUGUAUGUGAAAGAUGAUCAUAAUCCUUUUGUGGAUCCUCCUAGAGAUAUACCUAGAAUAGUGGAAACAUAUUCACCUGAAGAAAACAUAGUCAUUCCAUGCCGAGUCACUUCACCAGAUUUCAUUGUCAAUUUAGAAGUAUUUCCAUUGGGCUAUACGAAAAGCCUAAACAGUACAUGGGACCCUAAAGUUGGAUUUACUAUCAAAAGACUUCAAGUGGCAUAUUACACAUGUAAAGUCAAUAUAAAUGGGAAGAAAACAUCUGUAAAUUACAUAGAGCAAAGAUUGGAAAUUCUCCUGAAAAAUGUCCAUAUAAAAGGUGAUGAUCGUGUGAAACUGAUUGCAGGAGACAAAUUGUCUCUUAAUUGUUCAGCGCAAACAUCAUACAAUGGGAGAAUAUCAUUUGAAUGGGACUACCCAGGAAAAUAUGUAACUCAGUCUCAUAAAAGUGACGGAAAACCUGAAAACCACGUUUUUUCCAGCACACUUACUUUGUUUAAUGUGACUAAAGCAAACAAAGGAAACUACAAAUGCACGGCGAUGACCAAUCACAACGCAACUGCCAGUGUGAAAGUCAUUGUUUUUGAUCAUGCCUAUUUGAAUAUCACGCAUAAAAAUGCUUGGGUUGUUUAUGCAAAGGAAGACCAGAAGAAUGUACGUCUUUCUGUGAAAUUUACUGCUUUCCCAGAGCCGGAUGUUGCCUGGUUUAGAAAUGGUAAACAAAUAACAAAAAAUGACAGCUGCUACACUUCAGACAAACAUGCCCUGGUUAUUAAUCAUGUUCAGGAAAAGGAUGCUGGUGACUAUACCGUAUUGUUGAGUACUGCCAAUCAUGGAUUAUUUCAGAAUGUCACCUUGAAGUUAGUUGUCAAAGUGAAACCUCGCAUGCAUACAAAUGAGUUGGGCUUUAAAAAUUGCCAUACACAUCAGUUAAAUAGCGAGCAGAGCAUCACCUGCAUUGCAUCUGGCAUCCCAACUCCAAAAAUUAAAUGGAGUUUUUAUGCUUGCCGUAAUGAAUGCUUUAAUACCAGGUGCAAGGAAUCAGAAGCUAAUAUGAGUUUUGCAUCAGUGAUUCAAAGUACAGAAUUUGAUCCAGAAAUCAAUAGAAAUAAGACAAUUAGCACCCUGACAAUUACUAAGGCGAAUGUGUCCGGAAUUUACAAGUGUUUGGCAUAUAAUGAGAUCGGCGAAACCAUACAAAAGAUUCCAGUGUAUGUCACAGAGAUAAAGAAACAUUUUGAAGUCGAAUCUCCAGAAGCAGUAGAAGGAGACAACCUCCUACUUACCUGCAAAGCCACAAGGUACAUGUUUGCUAAUGUGACAUGGAACUAUCUCGGAAGCGACAUGGCACAUGUAGCUGCUGUUACUGAAGAGUGUAGUAACUACACCAUCAGCACUUCUCUACUGCUCAAGAACAUAUCGAUGAAGGAAAAGGACAACUAUCAGUGCUUGGCUUACAACCUGCACACUGACGCUCUGGUCUACAAGAAUGUCACACUAAGUGUCAAAAUUAGACAACGCCCCCACUUACAACAGAAUCUCACCAAUCAGGAUGUGAACAGCAGCACCACCCUUACGCUGGGAUGUCAUGCCGAGGGUGUGCCCACUCCCGAAAUUACCUGGUACAAAAAUGGCCAGCAAGUUUUUCCUGCUCCCGGAGUUACCUUUGGUCCUAACGGUUCGUUAAUCAUUGAGCGAGUCAAAAAGGACGAUGAAGGCCUGUAUGAAUGCAUGGCAAGCAACAAUGAAGGAAAAGUGAAAACAUCUGCUGUCAUCACUGUGCUGGACUCAGAAGAAAAGUCCAACUGGGAAGUAAUCAUACUGGUCUGUACUGGAGUGGCAGCAACACUUUUCUGGCUAUUACUCACUCUGUUUAUUCGAAAAAUGAAAAAGCCCAGCUCUGCAGAUAUAAAAACUGGCUACCUGUCAAUAAUCAUGGACCCAGAUGAAGUUCCAAUUGAUGAGCAGUGUGACCGUUUACCAUAUGACAGCAGCAAAUGGGAAUUUCCAAGGGACAGGCUGAGGCUGGGCAAGACUCUGGGCCACGGAGCCUUUGGGAAAGUGGUGGAGGCCUCGGCGUUUGGAAUCGAUAAACUGUCGACCUGCAAGACAGUGGCUGUAAAAAUGUUGAAAGAGGGAGCCACUGCCAAUGAGUGCAAAGCUCUGAUGUCAGAACUGAAAAUCCUGAUCCAUAUUGGGCACCAUCUAAAUGUUGUCAACCUUUUGGGAGCAUGUACCAAACCUGGAGGGCCUUUGAUGAUGAUAGUUGAAUUCUGCAAGUACGGGAACUUGUCAAAUUACCUGCGUGGCAAAAGAAGUGAUUUUAUUACAUUUAAGAGCCAAGAGAAUUCUGUACAAGCUGGAAGCGGCCAUUCCAUUUCUGAUCUGUCAGAUCUGAUGAAGAGGAGGCUGGAAAGCGUGGCGAGCACAGGAAGCUCUGCUAGCUCAGGAUUUGUAGAAGAUAAGAGCUACUGUGAUUCAGAGGAAGAAGAGGAAGAUCCUGAAGACUUGUAUAAGCGGAUUCUGACAAUGGAAGACCUGAUCUGUUACAGUUUUCAGGUGGCAAAGGGUAUGGAAUUCCUGGCUUCCCGCAGAUGUAUCCACCGAGAUUUGGCAGCAAGAAAUAUCCUUUUGUCUGAAAACAAUGUUGUAAAGAUAUGUGACUUUGGACUUGCCAGAGAUAUUUACAAAGAUCCAGAUUAUGUUCGCAAAGGAGAUGCCAGACUUCCCCUCAAGUGGAUGUCCCCUGAAGCUAUUUUUGAUAAGAUAUACACAACGCAGAGUGAUGUCUGGUCUUUUGGAGUGCUGAUGUGGGAAAUAUUUUCUUUAGGUGCCUCUCCUUAUCCAGGACUCCAAAUUGAUGAAGAAUUCUGUUGCAAGUUAAAGGAAGGAACGCGAAUGAGACCUCCAGAAUACGCCUCUGCAGAAAUAUAUCAGACAAUGUUAGACUGCUGGGAAGGAGACCCUGUGAAACGACCAAAUUUCACAGAACUGGUAGAAAGGCUGGGAGACCUCCUACAGGCGAAUGUUCAGCAGGAUGGCAAACAUUACAUUCCCAUAAAUACUGUACUGCUGUCCAAAGAAGAUGAAACAUCAAGCACCUCCACAGUGGAGGAGACCUCAGGCACAUCUGCAAGUCAUAGACUCUCAGGAGGAACCUGGAAUGCAAAGAACCGGCCUGUCAGCGUGAAAACAUUUGAUGAAGUUCCUGUAAAUAAUGAAAUGAGUGAAAUCCAGGAGGAGAAUGAAUCAGACAGCGGGAUGGUACUCAUCUCCAGCAAGAGGAGAAGCCUAAAGCACUUGGAAAGGCCCUUAAGCAUAAUGGCUUUAGCAAUGAAAGCUGUGAACAAGGGUAAGGAGUCGAUGUUAACAGACCUUGAGAAAGAGACGAUCAAAUACCAGCAAGCUAUUGCAUGCCUGGAGGCAACUCUGGAUUUCAGCCUUGACGAGGAUUCAAUUCUUCUCCCAUUGGACUCCAGUCUUGAGUGUCAUAGUCCUCCACCUGACUACAACUAUGUGGUGCGCUACUCAACACCUCCAGUAUAAUGUCUAUCUGCUGCACUGAAGUUGAUAAAUAUUUUUUAAGCUCAUGUAUGCAAAAGCAAUCAUUUGUUUUGGGACUUUAAAUGACAAUUUGGUUUAGUGUCCUUUAGUAUUUAAAGAUUAGAUUUUAAUUCAAAUAUAAAAUACUGUAUAUUCUUACUCCCAGAAAAGUAAUGUCAAAACAUAUGUAGUGUUAUACAACAGUCAUUGAAAUCCAGUCCUUAUUCAGUUUAGGAAUCACUAAGACCCUCCUAUCCAACAAUUAACAAAAUGGGCAAACUGUUAUCCUAAAGCAAAAUGUUACAAUAAAUUCACUGUAAACUG